CUGUGACAGUAAUUCUGUACAUAAGAAGCGUGCGUUUCAAGAUCAUUUUAUAAUAGGAAAUCAAUUUUAUUGUUUUAACAUUUGAGGGAAUAGUAAAGUGUGUAAUUACUGCCAAUAUACUGCCUGUAAGGAAUACUGUCAAUUUUCUUGGUUAAUGUUAAUAAAUUUGUCCACUAGUUGUUAACCUGAACUGUGGUUUAAGAGAGUGUAUAAUCUUACGCCUAACAAAGAUAUGGGGCUGUGCAAUGGUACCUGAUAUAUUGCAGUAAAUCAAGUAUGGAGGCCCAGGUUCUCUGUUCAGAAGGAAAGGCUAGUUUUUAUGAAACCAAGGGUAAGUUACAGGAGCAGCCAGUGAAAAUAAUCUCAAGGAGAAUAUACGUUGCACAAAAAUCUCAGAUUAGUAAUGGAAAGCUUCUAAAUUUCUACAGCCUACUGGUCAAAUUAUUACCGUGCAUGAUCCACUAUUCAUUUGCCAUAGUUGCACAAUGAGUAAUAAAUAACAAACCAGAAAAAAGUCCAUUGGAUAUUGUUUCACAGGCGCACAAGUUUAUAUGUUACAACAUACAAAUGACAUGCAAUACUCUGGAGUUUGACUAAUCCCAGUUUAGCAAAGUGAACUCUUAAGUCCAUGAAGCGUUAGAAAAAGUUAAUGUUAGCUGUGACUCACAUAUACACAUAUAUUAUUGAUAAUUAACCUGAUGGGUGCAACAAUAUGUAAACAAAACACAAAACAUGCAAUGACCAGAGGUACAAGUAAUUCAAUUUAACAUAAUUUAAAAUGGGGAGCAAUUGACACAAUCAUAAAAAAGUACACUUUUUUAGUUUGAAAUUUUCCAGCACAAUGUUUUUUUUUGUUAAAAUGAACUAACAUAUUUGUUUUGAUUUCUAUUUUGUCAUCUGUUUAACAAGUCCAAAAAUCUCAUUGAAUUAAACUGGUAUCAAGUUACAAAGAUUGUGCUCCCGGAUACAGGGGGUCAAAUUCUGUCCUUUUCACAGGAGUUACUGUUACACUUACUGAAGGCUACCACUGGCAUACAACACAUGUGACGCAAGUAGAAUAACUCACAUUCUGUGCUUUGUAAUAUUAUGGGUACAAGCUAAAAAAAACUGUUCAAAGCAUGGUGUGAAAAAGAUUUUAAAAAUAGCUAUCUGCUACAUGUAAUGAAGACUAUUUUUAUUUAUUCAAAGCAAUAAUUGCCUAAAGAUUGGAAUUUUACACUUUAAUGGCUAUAUACUGUAUCAAAAUGAUGUAUCAGGCAGCUUGAUAACAACAGAACACACUCUUAAAUAUAGAUCUGGAAAUUCAAGUCCCAGCCUGUAGUGAUAUUUGAACUCCACGGCUGUGACAGGGAGAGGAGUGGUUGGAGACACAUAUCUUUGCCAGUCGUUAAAUGCAGUGGAGGAGGAGGAACAGUAAAAGACAGACUCUCUGCCUUGUAUUAACAUAGUGUAGUGCAUAGUACAACAUUGAAAAUGGCUGUACCAAUGGGAAAAUUUGCUGUUUUAAUUGUACAGCUAAUAUUAGAUUUACAAUAGUAAAAGUUUAGAAUGUGAAGUUAAACAACUCAGUAAAAGAUUGUUAUCAAGCUUGUUCCCCGACGUGUUGUCUCUUAAUAUAUUGCGGCUCACAAAGGAAGCGCCUUGGAGUAGUGAAUGCAUGUUGUCAUUGACGGAAGAAAUGCAGGAGCAGUUGAUACUGAUUCAGCAAAGAGAGUCAACCUUAAGAUUCAUGUACUACGGAAAGCAUCAUGCCACAGGUACAGAGGAAAUCAGCAACUGUGUCGCUAACAUUAGCCUCUUCUUCGGGAAGUGAAGGUUCGGCAAGACUUAAGAAUCCCCAAAUGUACUCCAAACCUGUUCAGACCUUAUCUGUCAACAGCCAGCAGAUUCAAGGGACCGCAUUUUCUACUCAUUCAGGAGCUUCAACAGAAUUCGCUCCAGUGUUUACAAAGUAUUUGCAGGAUGUUAUAUCACCAAAGAGUCAGUUAGUUGUACUGGAGUGUAGAAUCCAGGGUUCUUCCCCUUUAAACAUCCAGUGGUAUAAGGAGGAACAGUUAAUCAAGGACUCUGCAGACUUUCGAAUUUUAAGAAAGAAGGCAUGUUUAACAGCAGUACCCGAAGAGGUUUGCACACUGGUAAUUACAGAAGCUUUUCCAGAAGAUUCGGGGUUGUAUAAUUGUGUUGCUACCAACCGGAAUGGUGCGACUUCCUGCUGUGCUCAGCUCACUGUCUAUUCAGAAAAUCAGAAGACUCAAGCUCAAGUUUUCCAGUCUAGCACAGGAAUAUAUCCAGAUAGCACCCUGAGACAGCCAAACUUUGUGAAUGACAAUGGCAUACAAACUACAUUAGUCCACAAUAAGCAGUGUCUAUUGGAAAACAAAAGGCAAAAUACAUAUAAGCAUGUCGCACUUGGCUCAGAUGCUCAGAUCCUUGAGGUUUGCCCUGAUAUAGACACCUCUUCAUCAAAGAAGUCGCAAGCACCAAAUCACAAUCGUGAACUAUAUCCCAACAACUCAGGAAAGAAAAUCGUCAAGGCACAAAACUCAACCAGUGAUGAACAAAUACAAGGUUCCAAAAAUGCUGUCAUUCAAGACUUGGAAAGAAAACUGCGCUGUAAAAGUGAGCUUCUGCACGAUGGGCAGCAGCGGUUAACUUACGAGCAAAAGAUGGCUCGCAGAUUACUGGGUGCCGAGGAUGCUGCUUCUGUUCUUGAACUUCAAAAGAUGGAAAAUGAGCAGAUUAACCAGCAACAAAACACUUCAGAUAGCCAAAGAUGGCGGGCGUGCCAAUCACCAGCAGAAAGACAAAAGCCCGGCUCCAGAGAGUUUGAAAAUGAGAACGCAUCGAUCCAAGAGAAGCUCUAUCCACCUCGUUUUUUACAGAAACCAGAUGAGAAUAUGCUAAUUCAACAGUAUGGGCUCUGCAGAAUAGAUUGCAAGGUCAGUGGACUGCCACCUCCGGAACUUGUGUGGUACUUAAAAGGCCAACCUGUUCAACAAGACAUUGGUCAUAAGAUGCUAGUAUCAGGAAAAGGUGUACACUCACUUAUCAUUGAUGCAGUCACAGCAAGUGAUGCUGGGAUGUAUGAAUGUGUAGCCGUCAAUCGAGCUGGCCAGUGCAAGUUCACAGUACACCUUGAAGUAGAAGCACGAGGGGCUGUACUGGUACCGGAAUUUAUUUACAAGCUCCAAAAUUCCAGAGCUGUCGAAGGGGGCAAAGUUAAAUUGGAAUGCCAGGUGACUGGAGAUCCACAGCCAAUAAUCUUCUGGAGAAAAGAUCAUGAAAUGAUAAAGUGCAACACAGACAGAAUCAGCCUAUACCAUAGCAACGAUGGUAAAGUUGGCCUUGAAAUUUUCCCAGUCGAUAAACGUGAUGCUGGUUGGUAUACUGUGUCUGCCCAAAAUGAAGCUGGGUCAACAAUCUGCACAGCAAGACUGGAUAUCGCUGCUUGGCCAGUGAAACAAGUUUCAAACACCAAGACACUGAAGGUGCGGCCAACAUUUACCCGAUAUUCAGUGCUUAAUGGUCAAGGGUUUCUGAUGGACCCAGGCUCCCAGUAUACAACAUCAUCAUACCCUGGGCUAGUAGAAAGUGAUGAACUGUGAUCUCAUUGUACUUCAACUCAAUUGACAAUGUUAACUUUUCAGCUUAUGGAAUGUAGUAUGUUUUACCUACACCUUACUGUACACAAAAUACUUAGUUUUGUGUAUAAAUUUACAUUUAGUUGUAAAAAUGCAAAAAUGCUAUAGUACACAUACUAAGUGUUGCACAUUAAGGUUUAUUAGUUCAUGUACAUACACUUAUGAUAUGCAUCUUAGCACAAAAACAAUAAAUUUACUACAUGGGUACACAAUCAGCUUAGGUGGAUGAGAAAAUAAUUAUAUGAAAGUAAAUAAGCAGAAAAAUACAUGUUAAACUGAUUUUUAUAGUGUUCUGCCUUGUAAACGUGGCUGUGGUAAUGGAUUUGAGUAAAAAGUAAAACUCUAUUGUUUCUAAGUUCUUUUAAAAGCAGCAUGCACAUGGAGUUCUAAGUCCAAAACACCUUGCAUUUAAACUAUUGUGACAUACUUGAGUUAUACAUGUGAGUUUGCAGCAAUUAACUUUUGCAGGGUGGGUAGGUGUUUAGCUUUGUGAAAUACUGUAAGCUGAAAAUGUGGAGCAGUAAACUGCCACUAAUGGAUGAAGCCAUAUUGUUGGAAUAUUAUAAAGUGUUCCUAUGAUCAGUGCUGUAGGAUACAAAAAGCUAAUCUUUUGUGCAAUGAUGACACUUCUUUACAGUCUUUGACAUCAAAACUAGGGUAAGAGCUCCACUUACCUGAGUCAAAGCAUUUUUCUAUCAAUUCAGGCACUCAGACCAGGAAAGGAGCAGGUACUAAUUCUCAGUACAGCCCUACAUUCAUAGAAAUGUGUCUUUUUGCAAAAUUGAUACAUUGCAUGUUAUUAAAGGGACACAGUCAUGUGUAAGUAACUUUAGUAUAAGGUGUCAAGUUAUAUAUUAAUUUGCUGGUCUUCCAUCCUAGCAUAGAACCUGUGUGUUCAUAGACAAUGCUAAUUUUAUUGAUAAGCAUCAUCCAAUUUGCCCUUGAAAGCAGCAUUUCUUUCAGCUUAAAGGGAAAUGAUCCAUUCAACACCAUUACCCUUUAGCUAAUAUAAAACUUUAAUUAGUGAAGUUUAAAAUAAACUGGUGAAAAUACAAAAGUAGCAUACAAUUCUAUAACAAAAGCCUUUUUUUGGUGCUUUUCUUGAGGAAGUUACAAACCAUCCAUGGUCUACAGUAGUAGUAACAGUAAUUGCUCUUAACCCAUUUGCCACUCUUAUUCCUGGCUUUCCACACAUUGUAAGUCAGCAUCACAAUCACAGCUUUGCAGAACAAUGGUCGACAAAAGCAAAUUUCUUCACAACUUUAUGUAAAUUAAAGAGAUGGAAUGUUUCUUUUUUUGCAAUUUUUAAACUUCAUUGAUCAAUAAAAUUAUCCAAUAUUCAAAUUUA